ACAUAAACACCUUCAAAAAAAUCGAUUUCUCACUCCUCUGACAAAAGGGUAGCCGAAAAAUCAAAAAAGAUUCAAUCUUUUUCUGAAAAAAAAAAAAAAAAUGGCACUGGUGAGAGAAAUCAUGGGUUCUUCUGUAAUGGAGAAAUCACCAUUUCUUACAACAAGGGUGUUAUUCUCUCAGCAAAAGAACCGGGUUUUUCUACCCUUUCAUGGAAAGAAUGUACAACAACGAGGGUUGAAAAGUACAACCCCUGUUGCAGCCAUUAGCGAGGGUUUGGAUUUGGUGAAAGUCCUGCCUGAAAAGGCAGUUAAAUUCAAGGUGAGGGCAGUUUUGACAGUUAGAAACAAGAACAAGGAGGAUUUUAAGGAUACAUUAGUCAAACAUUUGGAUGCUUUUACCGACAAGAUUGGUAAAAAUGUAGUCUUGCAACUUAUCAGCACUGAUAUUGACCCAAAAACGAAGGCACCAAUGAAAAGCAGUGAGGCUAAGCUGAAGGACUGGUCCAAGAAAGCAAACCUGAAAACAGAGAGAGUAAAUUACACAGCAGAAUUUACAGUGGACACUAAUUUUGGUACACCAGGUGCAAUUACAGUGUGUAAUAAUCACCAACAAGAAUUUUUCUUGGAGAGUAUUACAAUUGAAGGGUUUGCAUGUGGGCCCCUGCAUUUCCCCUGCAAUUCUUGGGUUCAAUCCAAGAAAGAUCAUCCUGGAAAAAGAAUCUUCUUUUCUAAUCAGCCAUAUUUGCCCAAUGAAACACCAAAAGGGCUAAAAGCUCUAAGAGAAAAGGAGCUAAGAGAACAAAGAGGUGAUGGAAAAGGUGAAAGAAAGCUCUCUGAUAGAGUUUAUGACUUUGAUGUGUACAAUGAUCUCGGAAAUCCCGACAAAGGUAUCGACUCCGCCCGUCCGAUUCUUGGUGGGGACCACAUACCCUAUCCGAGGCGCUGCCGUACGGGUCGCCCUCCAACCGAUACCGAUUUGAAUUCGGAGAGUAGAGUAGAGAAGCCGUUGCCUAUGUACGUUCCGAGAGACGAGCAAUUUGAGGAAUCGAAAAUGAAUGCAUUUUCGACGGGGAGGCUAAAGGCCGUUCUUCAUAACCUUAUACCGUCUCUAAUGGCGAGCAUUUCCGUAAAUAACAAGGAUUUCAAGGGUUUUUCCGAUAUCGAUAGUCUAUAUAGCAAAGGUCUUUUCCUCAAACUCGGACUCCACGACGAAAUCUUGAAGAAGAUCCCUAUGCCUAAGGCUAUUAGCAAGAUUCAAGAAGGCGGUCUUCUCAAAUACGACCUUCCAAAGAUUGUAUCGAAGGAUAAAUACGCGUGGUUGAGAGACGACGAAUUUGCCCGUCAAGCUAUAGCAGGGGUUAAUCCAGUCAACAUCGAGCGGCUUCAGGUUUUCCCACCUGUAAGUAAGCUCGACCCCGAAAUUUACGGACCCAAAGAAUCGGCUAUCAAAGAAGAACACAUUGCUGGUCAACUCAAUGGCAUGACUAUACAAGAGGCUUUGGAUGCAAACAAGCUAUUUAUAAUCGAUUAUCACGAUGUUUACUUGCCAUUUCUCGACAAAAUGAACGCCCUCGACGGCCGGAAAUCGUAUGCCACGCGUACGUUAUUUUUCUUGAGUGAUGUGGGAACACUCAAACCUAUAGCGAUAGAGCUUAGCCUCCCGUCGACCGCCUCUCCGACUUCGAAGUCGAAACGUGUGCUCACGCCGCCAGUAGAUGCCACCACUUAUUGGAUGUGGCAAUUGGCGAAAUCCCACGUCUGCUCCAACGAUGCCGGCGUUCAUCAACUCGUCAACCAUUGGCUACGUACACAUGCGACGAUGGAGCCGUUUAUCUUGGCGGCACAUAGGCAAUUGAGCGCGAUGCAUCCGAUUUUCAAACUUUUGGAUCCGCACAUGAGAUACACGUUGGAGAUCAAUGCAUUGGCUCGUCAAAGCUUGAUUAGUGUCGAUGGUGUGAUCGAGUCUUGCUUCACCCCCGGCCGUUAUUGCAUGGAACUUAGUGCCGCCGCCUACAAGAAUUUCUGGCGCUUCGAUCAAGAAGGCCUCCCCGCCGAUCUCAUCCGAAGAGGAAUGGCGGUACCGGACCCCACGCAACCACACGGGCUUAAAUUGACUAUCGAGGACUACCCUUACGCCUCUGAUGGGCUUAUGAUAUGGGCCACAAUCGAAAAUUGGGUCCGAACUUACGUAAACCAUUACUACCAAGACUCGGCCCAAGUCUGCAACGACAACGAGCUACAGGCUUGGUACGCCGAGUCAAUCAACGUGGGCCACGCAGACCUCCGUCACGAGGAGUGGUGGCCCACGUUAGCCACCCCUGACGACCUCACCUCGAUUCUCACAACCCUAAUAUGGCUCGCCUCCGCGCAACAUGCGGCCCUAAAUUUCGGGCAGUACCCCUACGGGGGCUACGUCCCGAACCGGCCGCCGCUCGUCAGAAGAUUAAUUCCGGACGAAAACGACCCCGAGUACGCGGUUUUUCUCUCGGACCCGCAAAAGUAUUUCUUCAGCGCGCUACCGAGUUUGUUGCAAGCUACGAAAUUCAUGGCGGUGGUGGAUACUUUAUCGACUCACUCGCCCGACGAGGAGUAUUUAGGGGAGAGGCAUCACCAAUCGAUUUGGUCGGGCGAUGCUAAAGUGAUCGAAUCGUUUUACGAGUUCUCGGCCGAAAUGGGUCGGGUCGAAAAGGAGAUCGACAGAAGGAAUAUGGAUCCUAAGCUGAGGAAUCGGUGUGGAGCCGGGGUGCUACCGUACGAACUUCUUGCACCGACUUCCGAGCCCGGAGUGACGGGCCGUGGUGUGCCUAAUAGUGUGUCCAUAUGAGGGGUAUAGUGGUAAUUAUUUGUCAGUAAUAGCUAAUUGUUUGAGAUUAUUGGAUGUAUAUUUGUAUGUAUAAGAUCAUUGGAAAAUUAUCAUUAGUUGGUGCGAAAAUUGAAUAUUGAAAUGUAUUCAUUAGAAAUAUAAGAUUACAUUGGAGAAAUAUAAUAAGAGAUGAGUAUUGAAACUAAAUAAUUUAUUUCAAAUUUGGAAAUUCCACUUCUGCCCUUU